UGUUCAGAGCAUGACUUGUUUAUAUUUAUUUCUACAACUUUUCUAUUACCGGUAUUAUAUUUCUGUUUAAUAAUGGCUACUUUUUUUGGUGAAAUCUCUCCACUUUCAUCCCGUGCCGUGGAUGAUGAGGAAAUAGAUGAUCAACCUAUUUAUAAUCUUAUUCUUGAUUCCGAAGAGGACUGCCCUUCAAAAAUUGAUUGUAAGCUACUUGUAUUUUCUGUGGAUGAGAUAUCCUAUGCAUUUGUACAGUGUUAUUUAGUUCCAGAUAAUGCCCAACGUUUAUUUGUGGUUAAUUACUCCUUGAAUAAAGAUGAAGAUUAUGAUCUCAUGUAUACUGGCAGCACGAAACAGAAAUCCAAUGUGAAAAUUGCUGCUACUGUUUAUUCCAUUGACGAGAACGUUAUUGUUUGCGACAUCGCAUCUCGUGUUCCUGAAGAACUUUAUACCGAGUUAUAUGAUGCAUUAUUUGAUAAACUAAACUGCGAAGAAGCCCUUAUUUUGACAUCACUUCCUACUGCUUCAUUUAAGUCUGAAGCGUCUCAACUUCUUGAAAAACCAUUUCUUAAAUCCAUAGCUACAUCUAAAUACCUGUCCAUGCGUAGUUGUAAUGUACCACGUUUGCAGGCACCGAAUUUUCUCUCAAAUUUUGCAGCAGCAGUUCUAACCGACUUUGAAUUGAAACAAAAACCAGCUAUAUGUAUCUUAAAUUAUGUUGAUUCCUGUCUGCUUGACUUUGUAGUUGUCCAGAAUUUUGAUGCUAUUUUUGAUGAAAAUUUCGUUUUGAAAUUAACACCAAAUAGUGAUGCUACAUCGAAACUUACAAAAUGUGUGAAGCAGAAAAUUGCUGCUGAAGCAAAUUUAUAUACUUAAGACUUUGUUUAAUAAUUAUUUAUGCUUAAGUUUUCAUUGCAUUAUAGUGAUAAUUUUCAGUGCCUAUUUAAAAAAAAAAAAUUAUUUUUAAAAGUAUAAUAAUUUUUUUUUUAAAAAAAGAAAUUUUCAUUAAAUGCUAAAAUAUAUUGAAUGUUAUAUCUGUCAUCAACUUAAAGU